GCAUUCAACAGGUACUGCGAGCUCGGACAGCAUUAUGAAGCUGAAAUUUCAGGGGUCUCCCUAUGAGAGCCUUCCCCGGACCCUCUCGUGGGGCAAGAAAGCCGGCCGUAAUCUCAGCCUCAAUCUCUCCAGCAGCCACGCCUCCAACAGCACCGAUUACAUCCUCUACAAGAGCCACGAGGACCAAUCGCUUCCUCUCGAGCGCAUCUCCCGAGGUCCCGACGGCCGCUUUGUGGUACAAAGCGAGGAGGCGUCCCGAGAACGCCACAGCCCCUCCUCCCACAGGGAAAGCCCACCGGAGCCCUACCUCCAAGUCUUCUCCUCUCCCAAGGAAGCCCAGUGGCACCGCAGUGUCCACCUGAGAGCCAAGAACGCUGGACAGGCCCAGCAGGAAGCCAAGGCUUCAAACCAUCGACAAGGCCGCUAUUUCAACUACAGCAGCAGCAGCCUGACAGAGGAAGGAGAGCCCUUGCGUGCCGCCACGCCGUACAGCACGAUCCCAGAUACCCAGUGGCUCCGGGACACCGCGGCGCCUUCUCCGUCCUCCUCACCUCGCUGCACAUCCAGAUCUUCCUCUCCGACAGUCCUCCCCGGCGCGAGUAAUUCGGCCCAGAGUGGGAUUCUCCAGUAUUUGAGUUUGCCCUUCUUCAAAGAGAUGAAUGUGGACGGCGAUUGGCCAGCGGAGGAGAAUGAAAAAGAUGACGGAACUUUGGUGGAGGCCGUCAAUCAUGAGCCCGGACUUCUGGGCAGCCCCAGGAGGUCUUUUAUGCCAGACCAGGACAGGCCAGCUGGUCCCAUCUACAUGGACAUGGAGGCCGAUUCGAGCACCGUUCAGGAUCAGCUCGCGGAAACGUCCUUCCUCCAACUUCCGGAUCCCGAUACGGGUCCCGCGAAGACACCCUUGCCUGGGUCCCUGGCUUGCCCGCUGUACCUCUGUUCCAGGACCGAGAGCCCGCCACCGAAGGACCAAGGAUGGUUAUGGACGCUGUCGCCUUCCUCGUCGCCGUCCUCCCAGCCCCUCCCGGAUUGCCCCCAGGCUGAGCUGUCCUGCCUGGCCCUCCCCUUGCCCGAGCUGCCCGCCGAGAAGCCCAAGUCGCCCACUGCCAAUUUCCCACAAACCCUCCCCUCGGAGAAAUUCCUGAGGGGCAGCUUGACCAGCAGCCAAAGCAGUGGGCGGGGCAGCGCUUCUUUCAUAAGGCCGUCGUCGUUGGCCACCUCUGUAGCGGGCAGCUACCUCAGUUCCCCUUUUGGAGACGCGCCCAGCGGCCGAAGCAGCUCUGUGGGAGACGAGAACAGAUACAAAAAGGAGAAUUUAGCGGCUGUCUUGGAGAAAAGGAGGAAUACUUCCGUGGAUGAAAACUACGAAUGGGACUCGGAGUUCGCUCUGGAGUCGGAAUUACUGGACGCCUUACAACUCUAUCGGAGCGGAGACCCCAAGCGACCCAUUUCCACUAUCGCAGCCCACGACUUGGAGAGACAGA